AUGCAGCCGCCUCGUCUGAAACCCGCACUUGUGGGUACAGCUGGCACGGCUGAUGCGGCCCCACCUGGUGCUAUGGUGGGGACCAGCCUGGACUACGAGGGGGGCAGCGGCAGGCACGAGAACACAGAGGUGAAUCCGUGCUCAUACGAGGAAGGGGACAGGGAUGCCCGGGUCCACUCGGCGGAUCACCAUGGCCACCAACAGCGUCCCGUCGACAUGCGCGAUACGACGUGGCGACGAUCUUCACCGGAAAGGCAGCGCUCUGUCCUGCAGCUGCCGACAUCGGCUGCCUCGCUCUCCUUUCCUCCCCCGGCUGCGGCAGCACCGACGAGUAGCAGCUGCUCGUCGACGGUGGACGGCGCCGCCGCAGAUCGCUCUGCAUCUGUGCCACUGUCGCCAGCUUAUUCGGGUCGAUUCAACAACCGUGUGGUGGGUGACUACCCACCACAUAAUGGCACUGGCUCCUCAUGGCGUGGCUGCGGCAGUAGCUGCGUCGCACGUGCAGAUGGGUCGAAUGAAAGGGUGCGGCCAGGGGGUGAUGCCUCUGGCAGCGGCUGUAGCAAGUUCUUCUUGCUGCGUCGCUUUGGCGCCGCGCUGCUUAGCACCACAGCACAAACCGCACCUGGAUGCUUACUGGUACUGAUAGGCGUUGUAACAGGGGUGCUUCUCUUCUUGCCAUGGUCGUCCAAUCCAGUACACAUUACACUGAUGGUGCUGUCAGCGGUGGUAGGGUGUGUGUGCGGGCUGGUCUACUGGCAUGCCGAGCGGCGGUGGCGGCGUCGUUGCUACGACGCGCACGGUGCAGCAGCAGCCGUUUACUGCAGUGUCGGCGGUGCCCAUCGCUGGCACGUUCAGUCUGCCACUAACAGCGCUGCUGCGCGGUACCGCGACCACGACACCAGUGAUGAGGGCAGCCGCGAUGAGACAUCGUACUGGUGUUGCUGCAGCGCCGGCUGCGCAUGCCACUUCAUUGACCACCAGCACUUUCGCAUUGUGCUACCGACGGUUCAGCUUCUCCUGCUUGGCAUAUUCGUACUGGUUUCGCCGCAAGUGAUGGCGACAUGGACGUCCACGACGGCGUCAGCGACUGAACUCGGCGGCGCUGCCAUCCUUGCCGACAGCGGAACAGGACGUGAGACUCGCUAUGGGGCCACAUUUUAUCCUGUCGAAGUGGUGUGGAAGACUUGCCUGCUCCACGCAUGGGUUGGCAUGGGGUUUUCGCUGCCGCUCCUGUGGGCCUUACUGGUGGGCCUCGUGCACAUGGCGGUGCUGCUGGCGCAGUUUCAACACGCCGGCCCUGGCACGCUGCUGACGCUGGUGGUGUGGAUGAGCGUGCCGCUGCUCUGCCUCGCCAUUGCGAUGUGCAUCCCAAGACGACGAUUCGCGGCGAUGGAGGAACGGCAGCAGGGCCAACUGCUGCGAGUACUCCCCGGCGGUGGGGAAGCUGCAGGCUACUCAACCAGCUACGGCGCCGGUGCGGGUGCACCACUGUCGCUGCUUGCGAGCCCCUCCGUAGGCCGGAGCCGCGACGUCUUCGAGGACAUGUACCCGCCCAUGUACUCUCCUCUUUCCACGGUGACGGCGCCUGCCUCUGCGCGGGCUGUGCAGUACCAUGUCCACCUAUCUUCUCCAUCGGUCCUCCCCCCGCCACCGGUCGCGGCCUACUCGCUGGCUUCAUACCCACAGGCGCCCUCGGCGAUGAGGGCCGGCGGCACUUACCUUGCCAGGGGGACGGUAGGCAGGUACGCGAAUCUCGUGCGCGGCGGCAGGAUGAAGAUGGCGGCUGCCCAGUACGACCCAAUCGGCCUCGCCACCCCACCCGAUACGUCACUAGCGCUGCAACAUGGGCAGACACGCAGGGCGUCUGUGUGCCUGUACUCUCCAAGCUCUCCUUCUCAGGCAGUGCCCGAGGUUCUCGACGAGUCUGCUCAUGACUUUAUCCACGCCGUUGGUAGGAUGCAUUACCCCACAGCAUUUGCGGCAGCGACGCUGUCAUCAUCUGGAGACGGUGCCCAUCCGUCUCCGCCACCCCCCCAGGCGUCGCGCAGGCUCGCUCCCUAUUUGCGCUCGCCUCGCGCCAGCAUCGGCACACGCCCGACAGUACCUGUGCGCAAUGUGGAGCCGACGCCUCAACGAUUGCAGGAGCUACGGCAGCAGCACAAGCACAAGCACAUGCAGGCGGCACAGACUAGGGGCGCAGAGGAGGCCACUGCGCUUCGUACCGACGCUGUGGACGACGACGGCGCAGCGGUGACGAUAACGCCAGCAGUUUUGUUCCCUCCGGAACUUCAGCAGGGUAGGCGAAGCGGGAGCGCUGACACCCCUGCAGCCGCCCAAGCUGGGGCUGCCGCUGUAUCCACGGCGGUUGACGAGGGCUGCGCAAGCGGCGUUGACGGGGAGGCGUGGUACGGCGGGCUGCCCAUGCCGGCCGGGACCUCGCUAGAGGAUGCGUGUGCGCCGUACCUUGUCCUUGACUCUGCCUUGGUCAUUGUGGACGUCAGCUGGUCCCUGUGUAGCCUCUUGGGCACUACGGUCAACGAUGUUAUGUUCCGCCGACUGCAGGACGUGCUCGCGUGGCUGGAUGUUGUAGGCCGGGAGGAAGUGGUAAAGCUGGUGAGCUCUGUCGUGCAGCCUCUACGCAUCGCAGCCGGCGCAAGGCGAGGCCAGAAGCGCAGCGCGGCUGACCACCCUACCAGGAAAGAGAAUGCGAAGACGAAGGCCAGGAAGGGCCGUCACAACACCGCCGAGGACGAUGUGAGAGCCGAGAAUCUUAAGGGCCACAACGCGCAAGCAGAGGCGGCAAAGCAGCUCAAUAACUCGCCUGAGAAGGUGGUGCGUGACGGCGUCGCUGACGGAGCGCCGGUGCGGCGGGUUACGCUGCGGGGACGCUGCCCCAACUGCGUAGAUAGCAGUGGCAGCCCAAGUGACAGCGGUACCGGCCGAGGCGGUCGACGCCCACUAUUCGCGGUUUGCUUCGACGUCUGGGCGGAGCGUCUCGACACACCGGGCGUCAACGUUGCCGGUGCCUCUUCCUGGACUCACCCAUUCUCUGCGGGGGGUGGCGGUCAGCAGUCGCUGGCGCCACAUGUGAUCAUCCUUCGGCGCCCGCUCUUGCACGGUCUAUGUGAUGCGCUGCCGCUGCCUGUUGCCCUGGUACACCCCCGCACGGGGGAGGUGCUGUGUUGGAAUCGCUACGCUGAGCGGCUGACGGGGUGUAGCACGUAUGCGAUGCUGGGGAUGUCCGCGUACGACAGCUUCGUGUACGAGGCAUUGCCUGGGGCUGCCACGGCGGCGACGAGCCAGGGAGACUUUUCAAGCACUGGUCGCCAGCUUCCACCACCGCCACCAUCACCGAGUGUGGAGUCCACGCCCUCCGCGCAUUGGCAACAGCGACUGCCCAAUACGACCGCGCUGUCCGCGGCGACAGAGAUCGGCACCGUGCCCAAUGACGAGGUCGCCUCACAAGUCUCUGCACUUCAGCUCGCCAAGUCAGCAUCCUCUACCACCGUGGCGCUGCUGCACCCCUCCCAACAGACAACGCCGCCAACCUUAUCUCCUCUCCAUGGCGGCGCCGGCAGACUGUUCUUCGCAGGCCAGGCAUCCCCGCCGCAGCACGCGGCCGAUCUCAACGACACUUUCAACGCAGCGGCCCUGCAGCAGCACCGCGACGCUCCGCUUCCUGGAUUCUUUUACGUGCCGUACACACGUGCCGCAGCUGGGGUAGCGGGCGUGGAGCUCGCCUUGACGAGCACCAGUGGUGAUAGAGGCGCUCGACUCAGCAGUCUCUGGAGCACUGGCGGCGGUCCGUAUUGGACCUCAUCUCCGCAGCUUUCAUGGACGUUGGCAGGACGUGGCGGUACUGUAGGAGCGGCAGCGGGGCACGCCGAUCGAUUGUUCUCGCAGUCCGACGCCGCAUCUCAGCCCUCUCUUUUCGCCAGAGUCGAUGUCCGUGGUAGCGGGAACGAGCACAACACCAGCGAUACAGCGGUGGGUGCGCACUGUCCCCGCCCACCGCCGCCACCGCCCCUCGCGGAGGGAUACCAGUGCGCCACCAACGCCCACGACGAGGCCGUCAUCGCCACUGCAUUCGAGGCAGGCGGGAACACAGAGGCGCGAGAGGACGGUGGCGACGGCGAUGAUGACGUGCGGGCGUCACCAUACCGCUCGGUACCCGCCAUGGUGCGUGGACUGUUGUUUCGCGCCACCUUGCGACCGCUGCGCGGUGCUCUAUGUUGCGAGGAGGGUGGCGUAGUUCAGAACCAUCUCGGCGGGCCGCUUCGGACGAGCGCGAGGGCCGUCGCCGGCGAGCACGCCAGCGGCCGUGGCGCGGAAGAGAGCCCUUUCCUAGGCCAGCCGCCACGUACAGCGCAUGCGGGCGACAAUACGGUAUUGGGUGGAGAGGACACCGGAAAGGAGCAAGCGAGUGCACCGGAGAGCAACCAAGCUGGUGGUCUGAUCAACAGCGGCAUGGCUGACGGCGCUGAAGUCAUGCUGUCGGGCCGGCAUCGUGAGCGGCUGCAGCAGCGCCAUCACUCUCUAGACCGCACUGCUGCAGGUGCACGCGUGCGCAACAGAGCGAACGAGGAAGACAGCGGUGCUGAGGGCGAGUUGGACAUGGCCGACAACGACGACAACGACGACCCCUUCGACGAGCACAACUUACCAAAUGCGAUGUCCGCAGCGAUAAACGACGGGCUGAUGCGCGCGGCGACGCUGGAGCAGCUCUUCGCCACCAAAACGAUGCCGUGUAACUUCGGGCUAGACAGGGAGUCGCCAACCUGGCCACGUCGCAGCACGGCAUCGGCCGGCCCAGCGACGGCGAUGGCGUUAGUAGCACUACUGAGCUCCGAGCUGAUGCCUCAGUACAGCCUCCGUGAGGCACUGCAGCAGCUUGCCACCAGCGAGGCGCCUCUCUUGCUCACACUUUCCGAGCCUCCUGUCUACGCCACUGCCUGUGCAAGUGCCGAGUUGCUUCUGCAGGAGCAAAGGCUAAGCCACCGCCGCGCGAGAAGCCUUGCUCCUGUCGAACGUGGCUGCUACGUGAGUGCGCCGGAUAGCCACCUCGGGACACCCCACCCGCCGCAACCACCGCUUCCUCGCCAGCAGCGUCCGCAGGUGCCGGCGUUAUGGGGUGACGGGUCAGCUAGCCUCCAGCUCGUGGCGGCCGUGAAGGAGGCGGUAGAGUCAUACCGGGAGAGCAUCGAAGAAGAUUCCAGUGGCUACACGGACCUCCUCGGCCUCCUCUCGCUCAGCUGUGACAGCGGGGGUGGCUGCCCUACCAGCGGCUAUGCGGCGCGUAAUUCGCCGUCCUUUCUAGAGCCCACCCCCAUCGGCGACGCGCCGAGUACCACCGUGACGACUGCCAUCACCGCCGAUGCAGUGCGGCAGCUGCGCCUUCUCAAGUCUCUCUCUGAUCAAUUGCUGCAGGCGAUGGCCGCGUACAACCGCACACGCCAACCAAUGAGCUUCGCUACGCGCGAGCUCGGCGGCGGCGUGGCUGGGCGCAUGCCGCCUUCAUCCUCCUCACCGUCGCUUUCACUUGGCCAGCUCGCAGCCCCUGCCGCGCCGGCCGCCGACGCUGCUCAUGUCCGCUACCUGAAUGGUCGCCAUCCCGGCUCAGCCACCACCCCAUCGCCCUACAAGGCCCCCUCCACUAGUGAGUCGCUUCGAGUCUCUGCGCAACAGUCUCCGUUUCAGCCACCGCCGCCGCACUCGCCGCUCGUCCUCAUCAGUGACGCAGCGAAGGGCGCGCAUCGGCGCCAAAAAAGUCGCGGCCCUCACCGGCGUCAGCCGGACGAGCCAGCGGCAAGUGCGGGCACGAGUGGCAGCGGGACGCAAACGCGCAUCUACCGUGACCCCAGCGGUAUAUCGUCUUCCGUGGCAUUGAGGGAUGCCACCGCUGUGGCCCCCAGUGCCGCCGGCGGCAACGAAAAUGCGGUAUUGCAUGAGCCACCACCGCCCCCACAUGACGACGCCACACAUCCUAGAGACACUGGCAGCGGUGUGAGGAGUGACAUGCAGGACACUGGUGCGUCUACGGUGAAGUCGCGGCCACGCCACGCAGCAAAGCCAUCCAUGACAAGCGUGAGCAGAACCAGUCAUGCUGGUGCUGCGCAUGGCACCCAAGAUGGCGCUGCCGCCUCGACCCCGGCCCCUAGCACGCCAUUCGCGCCAUCGGACUCGGCGGUGGGGGCAGGGAUGGAGCAGCGUGGCACUGGGUACGUGGGGAGGAUCAGCGGUGGCGCGUCGUUUGCCGACUCACCUCACAGCGGUAGAGGGAUGGGUCGCACCAUCGGUGCUACUCCUACCGCGACGUCUCCCCUAAACACCAGCCCAUUCGCAGUGUCGGCAGGGUUUGCGCCGGCAAUGGCCAGCCUUCGUCCACCUGCCAUGGGUGCCGGCGUCUCUGCCCUCGACCUGGCGACGACGCAGACGGAGUUGAACUCUUCUCCGCCGCGCUUCGACAGUGUUUUGUUCACCGGCGAUGACGGGGAGAGCGGUCGUGGUGGCGCGGGAAGCGAAGACGUCACCGCUGCGGUAGGCUUUGUGCACCACUCGGCGACCUCGCCAUGCUCCUGGGGCCAUCGUCUACUAAGUCCGUCCGUGGCUGCGGCGGAAAUGGUGGAGGUGGAGUGCAGCCACGGCCCCGACCAGCGCCAACAGCGGCCGCAGCCUCACAAGAGCCCUGAUGCUAUAUUUGGCGCCGGCAGCGGCAGCGGUGCAACCGCAGCCAGGCGAGAGCCGACAUCGCCGCGGUAUCGCUCCAGCCCAGGGCACAGGCGGGAAAGCUCGCUUGACAUCCUGCCAGGCGCUCCAGUUGCCAGCGGCAGCUUCAGUGGCAAUGGUGGACUCGUGCCAACGAGCAACAGCGCGUCACCGCCGGCGGGUGCGGGUGCGGGAGGACAGGGGACAAAUUCGUCAUCGCCCCAUCCGGCCCGGCCUGGCAGCAGCAGCCUGAACGCCAACGCUACGGCCGCUGCCGCUGCCACCGCCGCGGUGCGGUUGACGCCGCGUCGGGCCGGCGAGAGCGCCGUCUGGGCAGUCCUUGUUUCACGCGAUGAGGCGACGAUUCCGUCGUGUUGCAUCAGCGUCAAUCUCGGGGAAGAGUUUCGACUCGGCCGCAGCAGCAAGUGCACCACUGUCGUGUCCGAUAGCUUUGUGAGCAGCACGCAGUUCUCCAUUGUGCGAACCGCGGCUGUGUCGAUGACGGCCCAGGACUUGCAGUCACCCGGCAGCGGCCACGGCGAGCGAGGCGCGCGUCGCAACAAGGCCUUCACGGUCACUCUGUAUGACCGCAGCGCCAACGGCACGUACGUCAACGUGAAGAAGCUCGGCAAGGAUAAGAGCUGUGUGCUGCGCGACAAGGCCCUCAUCACGUUCCGCCUCAGCACCUCGCAGUUCUUCCUGGGCUUUGUCUUUAUUCUGACCGACGAGCGCGGUGUGCCGCUGGAUGACCGUACUGGGAUGGUGGGUGACAGCGGGCUGCGCAGUCUGUUGGACGCGCGACUCUCACCCCUACCGCUGACAGGGCGGCGAAACAACGGCGAGUCAACCGGCGGUGGCGGUAAGGAGAGCAACAGCAGCCAGACCACGAUCAUGGCUUCACCCACCGUCCUCUCUGUUAGCGCCGCCCGCCGCAACACCCCGCGUGCCCUUUCUACCCCGGACAACUCGAGUUUUGCGAGCGGCACCCCGAACGGCUCGCGGCGCGCCGGCGGUGGGGCUCAGCGCAGCAGCCGCCACACCCAUCGAGAGACCAUUGAGUGGAAGAUUGGCGAAGAGAUGCUCGGCAAGGGCGGCAACGCGGAGGUCUACCUUGGCAUCAACCUGACCAACGGCCAGCUGAUCGCGGUGAAGCGGGUGCGACUUCCAACCUUUGCGCACAGCAGCGAUGCCGAGCAGGACCCUGAGGCGAAGGCGAUCCUGCAGCAGUAUCGCUCUCUGCAGGAGGAGAUCAGCGUCUUGUCCAAGGCGACGCACCCAAACAUUGUGCAGUACUACGGCUCCUCGCAGAACAGCACAUACUUCAACAUUUUACUCGAGUUCGUGCCAGGCGGGUCGCUGCGGCACCUACUCGACAACUUCGGCGCCCUCAGCCCUGGCGUCAUCCUGUCCUACGUGCAUCAGGCGCUCGAGGGACUGGCGUAUCUGCAUCGGCAUAACAUAGUUCACAGCGACUUUAAGGCAGCGAACAUCCUCAUCACAGAGAAGGGCAAGGUGAAGCUGACCGACUUCGGCACCGCGCGGCUUCUGAACCGGCCACAUGCAACGGCUGCGGCUGUCGCGGCCGCGGCAGCCCGCAGCGGUGGAGACGCGCACAGCGCAACCUCGCACACCACCUCUGGUCGGCAGAAAGACGACGCUGUCUCUGCCGGCGCCGGCGGCACGCUGCAUGUUGCGGGCACCUUGCGCUGGAUGGACCCGGCCCUUUUCCACAACGCGCACUCGAUCGGCGCCGCCGACGGCGCGCCCGCAGGGGCGGCGAAGGACUCGUCCGACAAGCUCGGGGGCCCUACCAAGGCGGGCGACAUCUGGUCUGUCGGAUGCACGAUGAUUGAAAUGAUGUCAGGUGAGGCGCCAUGGUUCGAGUAUGACUUCGAGAGCGAGGAUCAGAUCGUGAACUUGCUCACCUACACGGCUGAACCACCAGAGACACCGGAGUGCCCGGAGUGUCCGGACUUGGUGGCCAUCGCGCAAGCGUGUCUACAGAUGGACCCGUCGCGGCGCCCCACGUGCGAGGAGUUGCUCUGCAUUGUCGAGGAGGCAACGGCGCGACUGCAGGCACAGCCGAUGAGUUCGUCAGUGAGCCCGUCGCGCGAGGUGUCGCAACAGCAGCUCGUAACCACGGGCUCCAUGCCAGGCUCCGGUGCGGGUGUGCGGCCCAACAGCGCUACGUCCACUCCUCAGAUGGAGCCCGGGGCAGGCACUGCACCAGCGACUCUCGCUGCCAACCCGGCGGCUGCCUACCGCCCAGCGACAGACGACCGCCACCGAGCAGAGCGUGCUAGUUGA